UCUGAUAUUAAGGGAAUCCAUAUAUCCUCCUGAGAAGCCACAAGAACAUGAUCAGAGCGGUUACCAAUGCUCAUAGGACCCAUAAUUUCUCACAAUUACCCUGCUGCUUGAGCCUUUUCGCUCUUUUUGAGAAGGUCUCUGAGCUUGACUUCAAAGUGUCUGACUUCUUCAUCAAUGUACUAAAUUUUUCCCCUCUGGAUAAAAUAGAAGUCAAGUUAGUCUUCAUACUUUCUGUAAUAUCUUUGAGUUCGUACUCCAUCGUAUCGAUCUGAUCAUCUGUCUGGAUAACAUCGUCAAUGUUGUCAAUCAUUUUCUGUAGAAUUUUAGAAAUUCCUAAAGAAAGCUGUUCAGGGUCCAUUUCAAGUGCAUCAAGGAUGUUCUCCUCCAAAGAUGAUAGAAAAGUAUUUGCCUUUGUUGGAGAAUCGUCUGAUUUAGUAGUCACUCAUAACAAAUUCAUGUUAUUCUCAACCUUCAUGAGAUGAUAUGAGUAAUCACUUUGGUGGAAAGACUGCAUCUGAUACUCUAUCAAGCUGUUUUGCUUGGUCUGGCGCACUAAAUUUUCGGAAAAGUUUUGGAUAUUAUCCUCAUCUUCACUAACUCAACUUUUGGAUGCAUAAUCUGCGAUGACAUUUGGGCCUCGCGAGACUUGAGCAAAAACAACGAACAACCUUCUUCUCAUAUUU